GUAAUAGGCCUGGCCAAGCAAUCUGUCCUCCAAAUCCAGGGCCGAAAUGGCGGACCCCGCGAAGAAAGGCAAUGUGGCGCUUGAAGAGGACGACGAGUUUGAGGACUUCCCUCAAGAAGAAUGGGAGCCAUCCGUGGAAGACCUGAAGAAGAAAGAACUUUGGGACAAGUCCUGGGACGACGACUCGUUGGACGACCCUGUGGGCCAGCAGCUGCGGACGGUGCUCCCCACCGUGGCGCAGGGCGCCCAGGCGCAGCAGCAGGCGCAACAGUGAACACGGGAAUUGGUUUAGGAGUGAAAGUGAACAGAGGAAUGAGGGCUAGGAGUGCCGGGGGCCGUCUUGCAGCAGGAAAGGGGAGGGGGGGUGAGCAAGCAUCGUUGCAGUGCGCGGGCCUCCUAGCUGGUUUGGCCGUGCGGGGCUAGUUGAUUACUGCGCGCCAGGAUCGGGAGCUCCUACAGCCUUCUAGUCUGAGACGUCAGGUCUGUGUACAGCGGCACAUCUCCAGGAGACGCGGCGACGGAGCUUGGCUGGGCUGAGUCAGCUUCUGCAUGUACAUAGGGACCUCGUACGGCUGCGCUGCGGCCUCCAGUAGCAGCAUGAGGGACUCGGGACUCGGAGCUGACCUGGACUGUAUAGGCCCUGACAAGCUGGAUGGCGGCUAGGUGGCACGGAUUCAGGUGACGUGCGGUGAGUCUGGCGGAGGGGUUGCCGGCGACGGCGUGUGUCUGCCAGCAAGCGGACUCGCGGAGGCCGGCGUUGCCUCCUUGGCGGCGCACUGCCGGGGCGGCCAGUGGGCGAGAGGGCAACGCUGGAGUGGCCCUAUAGAAGCUGCGCGCUAUGUGAGGACGGGGCCCGCACGGGACCGCUUUCGGACUGGAUGUUUUGGCAAUUUGGGCUGAGCCCCCAAGCACAGCGAUUCAAAGGGGGGCGCCCCAGGAGCACCAAAACCACUACUGGCGCAAACUGCGAGUGGCGUACACCAGUAUUUAGUAAGGUCUGUUGAUCGCCAAUAGGCGGCGGGUCCAAAUCAGCAGGAGCGAGAUGAGGUAGACUGGGGACGUGGCGUGGGCUCAGCCCAUAUUUCCCUUGCGAGGGAAACACCACCUUUCUUGAUGUACCGUAUGCACCAGCCGCAUGCCUCGCCAACCUGCUUGAACCCUGUCCCAUCACACACCAGCCGCAUGCCUGUGUGCCGCUACCUGGCAUGAUGUGACGGUGAUCCGUGUUUGUUGGGUGCAUGAUAGACGGGGGCAAAGCGACGAGCCGGUGCUGCGCGCACGUGUUGCACGGCCGGCGCAUAUCGGGUGUCUGAGUGCCGGAGUGGAUGAGUGUGCGAUGGGACAGUGGUAAGGCAGGUUGGUGAAGUCCCAGCUGAUUCCCAGACCCCAGCAGGUGGCAAACAACCGGGUGUCUGAGUGCCGGAGUGAAUGAAGCAGCAAAGAAUGAGGAGAGUCUGGAGUCUGCUGACACGGUGCCAUACGCAAGUUGACGCACAUGAUGUGCUCCCAGGCGGCAGCGUGGCAGGGAUCUGAACACCUGGUGUUGGUUGGGCCAGGGCCUGGGUGUAUCCGCGGAUUGGGCGAUGUUGCUGUCGCCUGCGGGAUGUCUUGACUUUCCUUUCACUGUGUCAUAAGAUUCAUGAGACGUAACCGCGUCCAGUAUGCAGUAUGAUGGUAACGUUCAUCCG